AUGAGGGAAUUGGAUUCACCAACCCGGCAGUCGGAGGAGGAGGAGGAGGAGGAGGAGGAGGAGGAGGAGGAGGAGGAGGAGGAGGAGGCGGAGGGUGGUGAGGAGGAGGAGGGAGGAGCCGCAAAGGAGGUGGGAGCUGGACAGGGAUGGGAGGAUGAUGACGAGGAGUGGUGGGUAGUAGGGCGUCAUGACGGUGUGGAGGUAGAGAACUUGGUUGCUGCUGGACAGGAUGACAACUAG